AUGAGCGACCACAACCCCCCGGUCCCACCGGCGGGGACGGAACCCCAGCCUCAGCCCCAGCAAUUCCCGCCGAACCGGCUGAGCCCGCCGCGGCUCCUGCGGCUCCCCAACGGCACGACGACCAAACAAUACCUGGAGCACGCCUUCAAGCCGCUGCGCGUGGACGAGUCGCUGAUCCGCAACCCGAACCCGUUCACCCUGUACAUCGGCCUCUGGGGCCGGACGAACUACGUCGCCAAGACGGAGAUGGGCGCCUACCGCCGCCUCGAGAACAUGCGGCGGCACACGGGGCGGGCGCCCACGCAGCCUGAGAUGGACGCGAUGCUGGAGAUGAUGGCGCAGAGCGCCCGCCGCAGCUGUCUGGGGCUGCCGCUGGGCGCGCUUGCGGGCCUGGCGCACCAGGCCUACGUGCUGCGCUACUCGGCCGACUGGGAGGCCUACUUCGCGCCGCAGGUCCAGGAGACCCCCGCCGGGAAGAAGGUGCUGACGCUCGAGGGGUUCAAGCGCGGCUGGCAGAUGAUGGGCGACGCCGGGGCCAUGGGCGGCGGGCGCCCCAUGGCCGCGGCGCGGUUGUUCAAGGUCGCGGUCUGGACGCUCGUCGCGGAUUUCGUGGCCAGUUCGUGGGCCACCUUCGGCGAGAUCGCCAUGUGGAGGGGCGAUGCCCGGCUCGAGCGCGUCAGGGAGGAGAUGGAGCGCUCCAAGCACGCCGUGCGCUUGAGUACUUCGCCUGGCGCGAGGGCGGUCUCCGGCGGCGAUACCUCGGAGGAGGGUCAAAGGAGGCGCGAGACUUCGGCGGCUUAUGCCCUGGUUGUCGCUGGGGAGCUGAGGGAGGGGCCGAGCGAGGUGGAUGGUGCUGGUGCUGGUGAUGAUGGAUCGCCCGUGGCCCACGGGAUGGAGGAGGAUUAUGCUUUCAAUAGCGGUGGUGGUGGCGAUGAGCAUGGUUCUAGGACGAACUCCUACAGUGAGGUUACACCACGCGCGAGGGCUUGGAAUACGAGAACGCAGCAGCAGCAGCAGCAGCGGCAGACUCCCUCCUCCUCCGGUGGUGGUGACUUCUUCGACGACGACGAUGAUGCUAGUCCCGUUGCGGUGGAGCAUCGCAGACCCGCGGGCGGAAGUGCGUGGGAUCGGCUGCGGAUGAACGCCGCGCGACCGCAGUCCAGGCCGCAGCAGACUGAAUGGUCUCGGGCCGAGCGUGAGAGCGAGAGUGAGAGCCACAGUGAGCGCGAGAGGGCUCAGGCGGACUUCGACCGCAUGCUCGAUGCUGAACGGAACGCGGGGUCGGAUUCGGGAAGGAGAAGUGGCAGAUGGAGCAGUUGGUAGUUAGAGAAGGCUUGUGCUCCGAAAUCAUGAACUGUCUUCAAGCGCUUUUUAUCCCUACGAGUCCUGGCUACCCUACCAGAUGCAUGUGUAACUUAAGUUUUCUUCUGUAUGGAUACGACCGAAUCAUUUCAUCUCACCUUCAGAUGCCAUCACCUCUGUCUAGUCGCAUUAUUGUUUGACCUCCUUCAGAAGAAAGCGGCUGUGCUCACACGGCAAUGUAAGCCACAGAGAGACUCGCG